AUGCUCUUCGAGCCGUCCGGGGAGCUUCGCUGCGACUAUGGUGCGUACUGCCACGCCCUCGGCCUCACGGAGAGGGAGGAGGUGUUCAGCGCCAUCGCCACCAACGCUGAGAUCAGGCGGGAAAAGGAGGCUAAACACACAUCGCUACGGCCGCAUUCUUCCGUUUUUCUGCCCGCGGAUACAGAAGCGCCAAAUCCGCCAACACCACAGCCAGUGUCUCCCCCAGCUGCUGCUGCUGCUCCACCAAAGCGCAGCGCAUCCACCGGAAGUGGGCGCGGCAAGAAGAAAAAUACGAUAGUGGAUGAUGCCGCAAAAUCUGUCGCCCCUGCAACUCCACCAACGAUUACCUUCAUUUCGAUGCGCCAGCUUCGGUUUUGCCUCAAUGAACGUGACAUGAAGCCCCUGGCGUUGGCGAUACCGCACUGCAUCUCACUUGUGUCGGUUGAGUUGGUCGGGUGUGGAUUGUCACGGGAGAGCUAUUUCCUGUUAGUAGAGGCGCUGUAUAAGAGCCGCCGUGUCGUCUCUGUGACAGUGGACUUCAACAGCACUGCCCGUCCCGGGUUCUACGAGGACCCCACAGUACCCGUGGUGUCGCAAUCACCCACACCCGUAGACGCCUUGGAGAUUAAAACACCGCUGAAUUUGCCCACCCAUCCACAAUCCGACGACACUGCUGAGAAAGGAGAGUCCUCAGGGGCCGUUGCGCCACAGAGCGACAGCUUCACGCGGACUGCAGAGGAGUCUCUGCUGGUGCGAAGGGUGGCGGGUGCUGACACGCCCACAUUUGCUCCCUCUGCAUACCGUGGCCUUAACAGUGUGCCCUCGCAGCUUGAAGUGCAGUUCCGCGAAGAGAAGGAGCGAAAGGGACGGGUUGACAACAAGAAGCAAACACAGCUGCAGCAACAACAAGAUCAGAUUGCGCAGAUUGACAAGGAGUUCCCUAUUGUUGUGCCACGCGGAUGGCCCGCUGUGCUGCUUACAGGUGUGAAGCAUCUGAGUCUGCGUGGCAACGGCUUAACGGACUCUGACGUUUCGGCGAUGGCAUCGCUGCUGACACGCCAUCCACGCAGCGAGUUGGUAAGCCUCAAUCUGUGGGGCAACUGCAUCACUGACGAGGGUGCCGUGGCGCUUGCACGGAUGCUCAAGAAGAACCGCACAAUGCAGGUGUUGGAUCUGGGCCACAACAACAUUGGGGACGUGGGACUGCUUGAGUUGGUUGACUGCUUCCGCAUGCAGGAGGUGCCGUUGGAGAAGCUGCAGGCGUACCGCAAGCGGCACCUCACGCGCCGUGACGCAACAUCGCGCGAGCGUCAGCUGGCAACGGCGUCAACCCUGCCGGCGUACCCCAGCUACCAGGAGCUCUAUGCGGCGUGGCACCAAAUCAAGUUUCCUGCCGUCACAGAGGAAAAGAAGGAGCCGAAGAAGAACACCCAGACAAAGGCGAAGCGGACGGAGCCAGUGCUAAUACGUCCACUGACGCCGUUUGAUCGAGACUGCUUCCGAAUGGAGAACGCCGUGCGGGCGCCGGGCAACACAGUCCUGCGCUGCGUGAACCUGGGCAACAACCCGCGAGUGACGCUGAGCGGUGCGCGUGAGGCUCUGCGAGUUCUUUCGUUGCACGAGCCGUCCGACGAUGAAGAGAUGGCAGCACUGCAGAACAGCGCAACACAGCCACCGGAGCUCUACUGCGCCUCCCUCACGCUGCGCUCCUUUGUCAUUCUGCACAGCGGCGACCCCGAGCUGGAGGAGAUACAGAGGCAGUUGACCGAACUUCUCCAUGAGAGAAAGGUGAAGCGUCCGCAGUCGCCGGUUGAGAUUGAAACACCUGUAGACGAGGUGAAGCGAAAGUCGCCACGCAACAAGAAGUGA